ACAAGUUUGAAGUUUUGUGGUGUUUUAAUCUAACAUAGUUUACUUCGCACCCAGGGAAAUGAAAUCCUUAACUGAAGUGGAUUACAAUUGGGUUUACACUUACAUUUUGCAAGAUGUCUAUUGUUACUCUAUUAAGAUUAUAAACAAUGUGUGUACGCAAAGCUUUUUUGUAUCUGGUUUUUACGUCAUUAAUGAAGUUUUCUUUGCAACAAAAGAAACCACAUAUUAUUAUGAUUGUUGCCGAUGAUUUGGGUUGGAAUGAUGUGAGUUUUCAUGGUUCCCAACAAAUCCCUACGCCAAACAUAGAUAAACUUGCACAAAGUGGAAUUAUUCUUAACAACUAUUAUGUUUUACCAAUUUGUACACCAACAAGGAGUGCAAUUAUGACUGGAAGAUAUCCCAUACAUACAGGUAUGCAACAUGGGGUCAUACAUGGGCCUAGUCCUUGGGGUGUUGAUUUAAACGAGACUUUCUUGCCAGAAUUGUUAAAAGCUCAAGGCUAUAGCACUCAUGCUAUUGGCAAAUGGCAUCUUGGAUUUUUUGCAAAAGAAUACACUCCAACAUACAGAGGCUUCGAUACAUUCUACGGAUAUUACAAUGGUAAAUCAGAUUAUUGGGAUCACUCGACUGAGUCAUUAUUUUGGGGAUUAGAUUUACAUAAAAAUGAAAAGGCUGUAUUUAAUCAAUGGGGAAAUUACAGUACAGAAAUAUUCACUACAGAAGCCGAAACCUGUAUAAAAAAUCACAACACAUCAGAACCUCUCUUUUUGUACUUGGCAUACCAAGCUGUGCACAGUGCUAAUCAACAUGACCCUCUACAAGCUCCUCAAAGUUGGAUUGACAAAUUCAAACAUAUAAGCGAUGAAAACCGAAGAAAAUAUGCAGCUAUGGUAGCAUAUAUGGAUUUUGGUGUGGGCAGAGUAUAUGAAGCGUUACUUCAGAAGGGCAUGCUUGAAAAUUCAAUUAUUGUUUUCACAAGUGAUAAUGGCGGACCUGCAAAUGGAUUUGAUUUAAAUUGGGCUAGUAAUUUCCCUCUAAGAGGAAUUAAACGAACUCUGUAUGAAGGAGGAGUGCGAGCAGCUGGCUUCAUCCAUAGUAAACUUCUGAAAAGUCCUGGAAGAGUUUCCAUGGAUCUAAUGCAUGUAACUGACUGGCUACCAACAUUUGUAAAUUUGGCUGGUGGAUCUGUCAAGCCUAACAAUCCACUUGAUGGUGUUAAUCAAUGGGAAACAUUACAGAAUAUGGUACCAUCUUCAAGAAAGGAAGUUCUCUUGAAUAUGGUAGAUAAUUCAACAGGUGCCCUGAGAAUGGGUGACUGGAAAAUAUUACUGGAAGUAAUGCCUCAAGGAAAGUAUUGGGAUGGUUGGUAUGCUCCUCCACAGGUCCAAAAUAAAGAGUUAGUUGAGAAAAUGUUUGUUGAUGCAUCUGUACAGUGUGGAGAAGUUCCAGAAAAUGUAACACACUGUACAAAGGAACAUGGAUAUUGUCUGUUUAACAUUAAGGAAGAUCCCUGUGAAUAUCACGACUUGUCAAAGGAAUAUCCUGACAUUUUUAAACAGAUGUUAUCAAGAUUGGAUGAAUACAGAAAGACCAUGGUUCCUCCCCGUAAUAAAAACAUUGUUGACCCGCUAUCGAAUCCUAAAUUGCAUAAUGGUGUGUGGCAGCCUUGGGUUAAAUUAAGUUAACUUCUCCCCAUGUUUUUCUUAAAUUUUUUUUUUUAUUUUUUUUUAAAUCAAAU